CUAGCAGCCGAGCAGUGGGUGACGAAAUUGGAUAUGGAAGUUCCCUCCUCUCUCCAAUGACAACAACCACCCUCUCUUUCCUCUUCUUGGCCCUUGCCUUCCCCAAACCCUAACCCUAAUUUCUCCAAUUCCUUAUCCUCACCUCCCAUGGCUGACUGCUCUCCUCCUCCUCCCUCUUCCUCUCCUCCUUCCCAAACCCUCCACCACCCCGACGACGAACCCCAAUCAGUCUCCGUUCUCACGGACAUGCCUUCUUCUCUCUACAGAGACCUCGACGGCGAUGGCGAGCAUCAACAAUCGCAGUCCGAUCUCUCGGAAGAUGCCUCCUCAAUCAUCUCAUCCUUCUCCGAAGCUCCGAACCCUAACCCUAACAAUCCCAAUCUCUCCGAUUCUCUCUCUCCAGCUCCAUCUCUCAUCCACCUCUCAUUCAACCAAGACUUCGCUUGCUUCGCCGCCGGAACCGACCGCGGAUUCCGAAUCUACAACUGCGACCCCUUCCGCGAGAUCUUCCGGCGGGAGUUCGAAAACGGCGGCGGUAUCGGCGUCGUUCAGAUGCUUUUCCGGUGCAAUAUUCUCGCCUUGGUCGGCGGUGGUUCCGAGCCUCAGUACCCCUUGAAUAAGGUGAUGAUUUGGGACGAUCAUCAGGGGAGGUGUAUCGGAGAGCUGUCGUUUCGUUCGGAGGUUAAGUCGGUUCGGCUCAGGAGAGAUAGGAUUGUGGUGGUUUUGUUGCAGAAGAUUUUUGUGUAUAAUUUCUCGGAUUUGAAGUUGCUGCAUCAGAUUGAGACGAUUGCCAAUCCGAAGGGGCUUUGUGAGGUUUCGCACUUGUCGGCGUCAAUGGUGUUGGUGUGCCCGGGGUUGCAGAAAGGGCAGGUUAGGGUUGAGCAUUACGCGUCGAAGAGGACUAAGUUUGUGAUGGCUCAUGAUUCGAGAAUUGCGUGCUUUGCGCUUACUCACGAUGGGCGGUUGCUAGCUACUGCGAGUAGUAAGGGGACUUUGGUUCGGAUUUUCAAUACUUUGGAUGGCUCUUUACUUCAAGAGGUAAGGAGAGGAGCAGAUAGGGCUGAGAUUUACAGUCUUGCUUUCUCUUCAACUGCACAAUGGCUUGCUGUUUCAAGUGAUAAGGGAACUGUCCAUGUCUUCAGCUUAAAGGUUGAUUCAGGAUCAUUGGGGAUUGAAAGAACACGCAGCGGACCUGAUCCAAAUCUGUCUACUCCGUCCGCUGUUUCUUCUCUGUCCUUUAUUAAAGGUGUGCUGCCAAAAUAUUUCAGCUCAGAGUGGUCGGUUGCUCAGUUUCGCUUGCAGGAAGGUUCUCAGUACGUUGUUGCUUUUGGUCACGAAAAGGACACAGUGGUGAUUGUUGGCAUGGAUGGGAGCUUCUACCGCUGUCAGUUCAAUCCAGUGGCUGGGGGAGAGAUGACUCAGCUGGAAUAUCAUGAUUUCUUGAAGCCGGAAGAAACAUUCUAAAGACAAGGUGGAAGCUUUUUUUUCUUUUCAUUUGCCUUAAUUUAUGCCGGUUGAUUUUAGUGCAAUGAUAUUAUUUAGAUAUUUACUAGGGGGGAACAAUAAGUUGUAAAUAUAGAAUUUACAAUAAUUAUGGUCUGUUGUAUAUAUAUAUGUGUGUUAUGAGUGUACCUGUCUCUACCUCUACUUCUACCUCUACCUCGGGUAAUAUGCUCUAAAUAAUAACAGUUAUUUGUUCUUCA